CGUUUGGACAACAACUUUAUUAGCAGCUGCCUCGCUGGACGGCAAGCCGAGGAGUGGAGCUCGGCGAGUUCGUGCGACGUUGUGGGUCGAGCCUGGUAAGUGGGAAAUCGCUUUGGCUCUAUGACCCGGCGACGAGACAGGAAUAAAGACGGUGACGACGAAGACAAGACGAUCGGUGGAGGCGCUAGAGGAUACACCAAGCACUUCAAGCCGCAAUUCGGAGUCGGGUGCAAACGAAGGUGGGGGUAGGAAACUAUAAUUCCCAGAAGACACGAAGCUUUCCUGUGUCGCAAGGCCUAAUGGGACAGGUAGUUUUGUGCACGGCUCCACCUAUUUGAGGCUUGAGGUAUCUCCUGAUCCAAGAAAUGGAGCUGGAACAGAGAGAGGGGACCAUGGCAGCCGUGGGCUUUGAAGAGUUCUCAGCGCCUCCAGGCUCAGAGCUGGCUCUGCCUCCCCUGUUUGGUGGCCACAUCCUGGAGAGUGAGCUAGAGACAGAAGUGGAGUUUGUGUCCGGCGGUCUGGGUGGUUCAGGACUCCGGGAGCGGGAUGAAGAGGAAGAGGCAGCUCGGGGUCGCAGGCGUCGCCAACGGGAACUCAACAGAAGAAAGUACCAGGCUCUCGGUCGGCGCUGCCGGGAGAUCGAGCAGGUGAAUGAGCGAGUCUUGCACAGGCUCCACCAGGUGCAAAGGAUAACUCGGAGACUGCAGCAGGAGCGCAGGUUCCUCAUGAGGGUGCUGGACUCGUAUGGGGAUGAUUACCGGGCUAGCCAGUUCACCAUCGUGUUGGAGGAUGAUGGCAGCCAAGGCACAGAUGUCCCCACCCCAGGCAAUGCUGAGAACGAGCCUCCAGAGAAAGAGGGGCUUUCCCCACCCCAAAGGACACCUGCACCCCUAGACCCCAGCAGUCCAGCCCCUGGCGAGGGGCCCAGUGGGCGGAAGAGGCGGAGGGCACCACGGGUGGGGGCUUCGUUGACCCCAGAACUGGCCCCAGUACAGGUGGGAGCCGAGGGCUGGGGCCAAGGCGUGAUUAAGGUUGAGGAAGACUUUGGCUUUGAAGCAGAUGAGGCCUUGGAUUCAAGUUGGGUUUCUAGAGGGCCGGACAAGCUGCUGCCCUACCCUACACUAGCAAGCCCACCCUUUGACUAACCCUGUCUCCCCAAUAAACAGACUCCCCGUGUACACUUGUCUA